AUGUCCGGAGCCCUCGCUGCCCGAGGGGCGAGCGAGGAGGGCAACCGUGGACGGGUCGAGGCCACCAAGGUUCGUCGGUACUGGCCAGGCAAGCGACCUGACUGGGUCGGCAAUGAGGAGGAGGAGGACUUGGCGGUCCCCAGCACCGCCCCUGCUGCUGAAGAUGAGCCGACCAGCGUGCAGCGCACAGAUAUAGCUGCACCGGUGGUGGUGCUGAAGGAGGAUCCCCGGUUGAGACGGCUGCAACAGCAGCAGGCAGAGCUUGCUGUCGUUCGCAGACGACGCGAGGCUGAGACCUCUGGCAGGGAUGAAGAUGGUGAGGCGCCCUCGUCCGAGGACGAGGACGCCUUGGAGAGGCGACGAGCAGCUGUCCGCGAACGACUGAAGCAGGAGGAGGCUGCAGCAGUAGCUCAGGAAUCGGAGGAAUCGGAGGAGGAGAGCUCAGAGUAUGAGACGGAGAGCAGCGAGGAGGAAAGCCUGGCACCCCGGCUCCUCCUCAAGCCCGUCUUCGUUCCGAAGGCGGAUAGAGAGACCAUCAUGGAACGUGAGCUACUGGCCAGGCAAGAGGAGGCGCGGCUGGCUGCCGAGCAGGCGCGGGCCGAGAUCAGAAAGGUGGAAACCAAGGAGAUCCUGGCUCACCGUCUGGAGGUGGAGGCAGCGGAGGAGGCCAGCGCUAAGGAGGGUCCUCGGGGCAUGGAUGACGUCGUCACCGAUGACGAUGCCGAUGACGACGAGGAGGCGUACGAGGCCUGGCGCCUGCGGGAGCUGCGCCGCAUCGGCAUGGCGCGGGAGGCGCGGGAGCGGGAGGAGCGCGAGGCGGCCGAGAAGGAGCGCUGGCGCAACAUGAGCGAGGAGGAGCGGCGGCGCCACCUGGCUCUGAACCCGCGCGAGGUGGCGCCCAAGCCCAAGAAGAAGUGGGGCUUCCUGCAGAAAUAUUGGCACAAGGGCGCUUUCUUCCAGGAGGAGGGCGAUGCGCAGGUCGAGGACGGGCCCAUGCUGGGCGCCUUGGCAUCGCGAGACUUCUCCGCCCCCACCGGCCAGGACAAGUUUGAUCGCAGCACGCUGCCCAAGGUCAUGCAGGUCAAGAACUUUGGACGACGGGGUCAAACCAAGUGGACCCACUUGGCCGACCAAGACACCACAGACUGGGGCACGCCUUGGGUUCAGAACGACUCCCUCCGAAACAAGUACAACCAGAAGAUGGCGGCCUCAGAACAGGUCUUCACCAAGCCAAAGUCCACGCGAACUUGA